UUUAGUUGCUGUUCAGUAUAAAGAAAAAGAAUUUUCGGGCAGCUGAUAACUCGUACAAGAGCCACACUAUUUUUGCAGAAAAUAAAUUGUGUUAAUUCAUCAAUUAGUGUUUUUUGUUUUGUUUUUAAAAGAACAUAUUGAACUUACAAUAAAAUGAAUGAAAAGAGAAAAUUAUCCACAUCUGGUGAUUCCUUAUAUGAAAUUUUAGGACUUCCUAAAACAGCAACUGCUGAAGAAAUAAAAAAGACUUAUAGAAAACUUGCAUUAAAGUACCAUCCAGAUAAAAAUCCAGACAAUGUAGAGGCUGCCGAAAAGUUUAAAGAAGUAAAUCGUGCACAUUCAAUACUGAGCGAUCAAACAAAGCGUAAUAUUUACGAUAAUUAUGGUUCAUUAGGUCUUUAUAUAGCUGAGCAAUUCGGGGAAGAAAAUGUGAACGCAUACUUUGUGGUAACAUCACCGGCCGUUAAGGCACUUGUGAUUUGUUGUACUUUAUUAACUGGUUGUUGUUGUUGCUGCUGCUGUUGUUGCUGCUGUAAUUUCUGUUGUGGUAAAUUUAAACCACCAGCAAACGAGUCCCAUGAUCAGUACUCUCAUUUGAACCGCCCCGAUGGAGGUAGAGAGGCUAGAGAUAAUCCACCGAAUAUGGGCCAACCACCUCGUAUUGAGGAUGCUGAUCUCGACGAUGUUAAUCUAGCUGGUACUACACAGGCAACAUCAGGUCAGGGCAAUGCAUCAGGACAACCUGUAUUCGCGAUGCCGCCACCACAAUCCACUGGUGUCAAUCCAUUUACUGGAGCACCAGUUGCAGCUACGGAAAGUACUUCACUCAACACAACAGAACAAACCACGUACACGCCAGAUAUGGUUAAUCAAAAAAAAUAAUUUUUCAUUUAACGAAAAUAUCCCGAAACAUGAAACAACAUCACAUUUAAAUUUGCAUACAUACACUUCAGUUGUGUUAUUUUUUUAUUUUAUUAAAAAUAAAAACACGUCUAUAUUCAAUCCACAUAUAAUAGAAAAGCAAAUAUAACAGAUAAUUCCAAUAUGAAAUGCGCUGAAAAUUCGUAAAAGGUAUUAGAAGAAAUACAAAAGAAAAUUCGGAACGUUAAUAAAACUAAAAUGCAGAAAUAUAUGGAAAAACCCGGCGAUGCUAUUAUGACAGUAAAAAUCCAAUUUGAUAUAACAGAACUAUAUGCGCUCGCAAUACCACACUUAACGCCUAGUUGGUGUUUAAAUACUUGAAAAAAAUUUAUUAAACGCAAUAUAUAUAUAUAUAUAUAUAUACAGCUAUAUAUAUA